AUGGAUUCCCAGAGGGAUAGCGAUGAAGAAGAUGGCAAUGAAAAAUCUCUUCUGUCCCAUGAAACGUAUUUAUGCCAGGGUGACUCCAACAACUCCUGUGAUAUCACCUUGGAGGUUGAAGGAAAGAGCUUUCCUUGUCACCAGAUGCUGUUAGCUUCAGUCAGCCCUUAUUUCAGAGACAUCUUCACAAAUUCCAGCGGGUGGCAAAACAAGGCGCUCCAGCUGAAAGACCUGACCUCCUCCACUCUCCACAGUCUCCUGAAUUACCUCUACACAGAAGAGCUCUCCCUCACACUAGAGACCGCCCAGGACCUGUUUACAGCAGCCAGCAAGCUCCAGAUCCUCCCACUGAAAGAAAUAACUGGAAGAUUUCUGGAGAAAAACAUCACCAUGAAAAACUGCCUCAGCCUUUAUCACCUGUCUCACGAACACGGUCACCUAGCUCUGCUGGAAGCAACCUCAGGUUACAUCAGCCAACACUUUGAGCCCCUCGCUAAGACAGAUGACUUCCUGAGCCUGGAAUUCCACCCACUAGUGGGCCUUAUUGGCUCCGACAGCUUGGAAGUGGCCUCUGAGUUGACCAUCUACCAAGCCAUCCACGCAGCUGGGUGGAGUCGCGUCGGUAGCCUCCCACUGGCCCAAGAAUUGCUGGGGCAUGUCCGCUUUCCCCUGCUGACUCCCAGGGAGGUCAUGGAAGUCCAAGCAGAUGUCUCAGAGUAUUACAGGCACCUCCGUCUACGGUGGAAGGAACUGGAUGGGGCAGGAAGGCUGCUAGAGAGUGGGGGACUCAGGAAGGGCAUGCACGACAACUGUAUUGUCUGUGUGGAACUCCAUGAAAACUGGACCCAAAAUGGAGAUAGCCCACAGUCUUACCUUCACUGUUUUGACCCACAUUCGGGGAAGUGGGACAACUUGCCACCAUUGAGGUAUCUGAGUUAUUCUGGAUGUGCAUCCUUGGAUUUCAAACUUUACCUGUCAGGAGGCCAGAAAGGGGACUGCACUUUUGUGGACAGCCUGUACGAGUACAAUUCUUUGACCAGCCAGUGGACUCAGCUUCCAUCUAUGUCCACCCCCCGGGCCGUGCAUGCCUUGUUAGCCUGUAACAAGAAGCUCUACGCUGUGGGAGGCUGCAGCAAUACAGGUCCACUGACUUCCACCGAGGCCUUCAGCGUGAGCCAGAGCAUUUGGGCCCCGAUCUCUAAUCUGCCCCUCGCUUUGAUGUACCCUUCUUCUGCUGUCCUCAAGAGUAAGCUUUACCUCAUAGGAGGGAAGUCCUCUAAGAGCUAUAGGGGCCUUCUUAUCUAUGACACCAAGACUGAUCAGUGGAACGAGGUGCUCAUGGAGUUUGCCUGCUAUGGAGCCGCCGCUGUCUCGGUUGGUACCGGGCUGUAUGUUAUUGGUGGAUAUACAGAGGAAAGGGCUGGUUUUCUGGUCCGUAGUGCGGUGGCCACAGAGGACAUCCCUUUCAGCACCAAAGGGAGCUUUUACCUCCAUGAAGAUGGCAGAGUUAACUGGGACGUGACCAUCCCUGAGCUGCCAGUGGCUUUGACUUUCGCAUGUGCGGUGGAGCAGCAAGGGAAGAUUUACCUGUUAGCUGGCAAAGAUGAUAAUCGUUCAUACAACACCUGUUACUGCUGGGUGCUGCAUGACACACACUGGACUCUGUGCCCAGAGGAAAUCCCUACUGCCAGUGAUGGAAGAAUAUUCAACUGUGCCAUCUUGAAGAUGCCCAAAAUGCCAAUCCAGUCCCUUCUGCUAGAGACGUCAGCAGCCUUGGUAGUCGUCGGGGUCGAUGAGACCAAGAAAGGACAAUCUGGUUACUCUUCCAGAGAGGGCUGCAGCCUUAACUGCUGCUGGGGUGGACGAUAG